AUGCCUAUUUGCUUCCACAGGGAUCCGGACGACAAAAGUGAAGCUGGUGAGACCCACUUACCUGGAGUUACCUACCUAUCAGACCUCCAAAGCGGUAUCGAUGCGAAGAGACAAAAGGGAUUUACGGACAAUGAUCCUUUUGCCAUGGCGAAAUCCUAUGCUCAUGUACCACAUGAGUACCUGGCUCCCGAUGGAUUUCCGAAAUCAGACUGUUGGCUGAAACCUGCAUGCAAAUUUGCUGUAUUAAGCAAGGAGAAUGCGAACGAUGGCAAAGGAGGAGUAGUGCGAAGAGCACUGGACCGAUAUCGCGAACAGGGACUGCAGGAUGUACCUGCUAACCCUCCUUUACACACUACCAAAUUGCGGCGAACAGAAGGACCCCGACAUGCUGCACGGGGCAUCAAAAACCGGUCUGCAAGAACAACUGACCAGUUGGCCAACUCAGCUAACCGCUUAAACCAGAAGUACGAUUGCCAGCGAUAUAGGCUUAAUGACCCUGUUCUACCUUACAAAAACUACGACCGUUCAAUGGAAAUCAUCCACAACUGCUACAAAAUUGUCACUCACGGAAAAGGUCAAUUUGUGGAUAGGGACUCACAUGAUUUAAUCUUUACCUACUCUUACGAAGAUUUGGAAUCAUUAACACCGGACCAGCGGGACAAGCAUCAACAAGACGUCUCCACCAUUUUAAUGUCAACUAAGCUGUUUAAGAGGCUACCGACCCCUAAACCAUUGACUCAUCCAAAGUUUACUAGUACUCCUGCAACUACGAUGGCGAAUACCAUACCUGCAACUACCCCAGUUUGGUUACCUCGCAAAAACGAUCCACCCUCUUCUCCUCUAACGUCUUUGCCCCCUUCGGAACCCGAGGUGAAAGACUGUCUCCAUCAACCUCAGACAGCUAUGCGUGAUACUGUUGGCAAAGAAUCCAUCCAUAACGUCCGGUCCUCGUCUCCUCUAACUUCGCUUCCUUCGUCCGAUGCGGAAGAUGUUGUCCCCGUAAAUCCCAGGAAGCGUAAGGUCCAACCAGAAGCAAAGGAUUUGAAAAGACCUAGCAGCUUGAUUUCCAAGAAGAAGUUUUUGGACGGGGGAAAAAACGUUGCAAAGUUGAUGAAGCCUAAGCGGACAAUUACGAAAAAAAUUUCUUUUGGCAAAUCUGUUUUGAAUAACAAGAAGCGUAAGCGAUUGAUAACAACAAAUGGCGCUCUGAUCCAUGGUAGAAUGCAUUGUUUUGGCCAAACGGUUGGAUAUUCACGCAACAUUCUCCUAGGGCCUUACCGCCCUUAUAAAGGUUCAUCUCGAACUUUAUACCAAAAAUUUCUAGAUCGACUACCUGAUUUUGGUGCACGUAUUGGUGGGAGAUUCAAAGGUUUUUGCGACGAAGGAUUUCUCCUUUCUCGCCGGCUACUUAACACACUUCGUGCCCCUCCAAUGACGGCUACGUCAAAGCUUCAACCAUCUGGCCCGCUCGACUUUGCAGCCAACUUCGCAUUUACCCUUGGGAAUUUUUAUAACAAGCCUCAUACCGACAACGAUAAAGGCAAGGUUUACUGUAUAUGGUACCCGAUAGAUAGUCUAAGUGGUCAGAUUGUUACUGAAUGCGAAGGCUUUGACCUUGAAGGCGGGUGGUUUAUCUUCCCAGAAUAUCGAGUCGCUUUUAAAUUUGGUGAUUUGAUUUGA